AAACGAGGCGGAAGUAGGUGGGAGGGCGGAAGUUAAGCAGGCCGGAAGUAGGUGUGCGGCGGCGCUCUGGCUGCCGGUACCGACUCGUUGGUUGGGCCUGGAGGCCGCGGCCUGCUGUGGCCCGGCCCGGUCCGGAGGUAAGGCCUGAGCCCUGCGACCUACCCGCCCCCAGGCCCACCCCCAUCCCGGAACCAUGGAGAAAUUCGGUAUGAACUUCGGAGGAGGCCCGAGUAAAAAAGAACUGCUGGAAACCAUCGAGUCGCAGAAGAAGCAGCUCCUGAAUUACCAGGCCAGGCUGAAGGACGUGGUCAUCGCCUACAAGAGCCUCAUCAACGAGAAGGAGGCCUUGGAGGCCAGCCUGAAGGUGUUAUCGGCGUCCCACGAGGCCGACAUUGGGUUAAAUGGGGCUCAGGCUCCAUUUGUGGCCCCCUCCAGCUCUUCCUUUGCCUCCAGCUCUUCCCUUCCCUCCAACUCUUCUUUCCCCUCCAGCUCUUCCCUCCCCUCCGGCUCUUCCCCUCCUUCCAGCUCUCCCCAUGUUGAUCCCAUGGAUGAUAAGAGCUCAGUUCACAGCGAGGACAGCAUGGGAACGGCCGCCAGCGUGGACACAACAACCAGUUUGGGCAGCACGAAGGGCGAGCAGGGACCUGAGGAUGAGAAACACGCAGCAGCUGUUAAAUCAGAUGAGGGGAAUGGUUCCGAGGUCGGUACUGGUACCAGUAACAGCAAUGGGGACGUGCCCUGUGCUGCCAUUGAGGCCGAUAAGCGGGUGCUGCAGCUGAAGAGCCAAUUGGCCACAUUGACCAGCGCCCUGUCCACGGUGACGCAGGAGAAGUCCCGCAUGGAAGCGUCAUAUCAAGCCGACAAGAAGAAGAUGAAGCAGGACCUGGAUGACGCCAUUAAAAAGGCGGAGGAUGAGACUGACAGGUUGGAGACGGAGCUGAGGGUUGUACAGGAGCAGCUGGCAGAGACCAAAGCUCGACUGAUCACGCAGCAGCACGACCGAGCCCAGGAGCAGAGCGACCACGCUGUUAUGCUGAGGGAGCUGCAGAAGCUGCUGCAGAGCGAGAGGGCGUUGAGGCAGGACGCUGAGCUGAAGCUGGAGGAGACCAGGGAGGCAUUGGCCGGCCGGGUGUGCAUGGCUGAUCGUGCUGAGGGCUACGAGCUGCAGAUCAAGCAGCUGAGCCAGGAGGUGGAGGAGCUGAAGAGAGAACUGCAGGCUGUUCAGGAGGAGAGGAAGAAGCCGGACCCCCGGGUGCAAGACCUGCAGGAGGAGAUGGCCAACCUGAAGAGCCACUUCCAAGCGCAGCUGCUGCAGGAGAUGAGGAAGACUGCACAAGCAGAGGAGCAGCUCCGGCAGCACGCCCAGAUGGAGGAGCAGCGCGUGGCCGACCUGGAGGGGCAGGUCUCUGAGGUGUCAGGGCUGCUGGGCACCUACGAGAAGGCCAAACAGAAGGACCAAAUGGUCAUCCAGAAACUGAAGGAUCGCAUCGUGCAGCUGGACCAGGAGAACAAAACCUUGGCCAUCGCAGCCUCCAGCCGAUCCCCUGCUGAUGUGAACGUGGAAGAAGCCAAUCUGGAUGUGAACGUUCUCAAGGAUAAGAUGGAGAAGCUGAAGAAGCUGCUGCAGGUGGCAGCAAAGAAGAGUCAGCCCACGCUGGACAUCGAGAAGCUGUGUGAGCUGGAGCUGCCAAAAGGUACCGAGGCCGGGGAUGGUGAGAAGGCCACGGCUCUGUACUAUCAGCAGGAGCUGAAGCAGCUGAAGGAAGAGUUUGAAAGGUACAAGAUGAGGGCACAAGUGGUUCUCAAGAACAAGUCAGCCAAAGAUGGCAACCUGGCCAAAGAACUGGAGGAAGCUCAGGAGCAACUGGCGGACCUGAAGGAGAAAUACGUGGUGCUUCAGCUGUCCUCCGAGGAGGUGGAGAAGCAGCACCAGCUGGACAUGGAAGCCAAGAGGCAAGAGUUCUGCCAGCUGCAGCAGCUGCACAGGCAGGAGCUGGAGCGCUGUCAGCUGGAAUACAGGGAACGGGCACUAAAGCUGGAGGAGGAGAUGCACAAACAGCGGGACCGGGCGCUGGCGGUGCUGGCUGAGAAGGACCAAGAACUGGAGCAGCUGAGAUCCGUCAUGUUGCCUUACACCGGGCUGCAGGGCUCCAAGAACUACAUGACAGCAGGGACUGACACUGCGAGCCAUGACCCCUCGGCUAAUGGCUCCACAGAGAUCCUGCCCCAGGCUCUCCACCUCUCCAGCAACGCGGAGCCCACCUUCAUCCUGUAUGCAGAGCAGCUGGCCCGCAAGGAGGUGGAGAUCGUAGCGCUGAGGAAACAGAAGCACAAGCUGGAAAUGCAGGUUCAUCAGCUCCAGGAGAGGGUCCUGGUGGAGGAGGAGAGGCACCGGGAGGAGGUGUCAGCACUUCAGAACGAGAUCCAGAAGAACGUCAGAGAUAAGAGCAGAGAAGGAGCCAACCUGGAGUACCUCAAGAACAUCGUGUAUAAGUUCCUGACGCUGCCGGAUUCCCUCGGUCGCCAGCAGACCCUCACUGCCAUAUUGACUAUUCUGCACUUCAGCCCGGAGGAGAAGCAGGCUGUCAGGAAGCAGUCAGCACACAACAGCUGGUGGCUGGCGGGGAAGAGAUGAGGCGGUCGUUGGUUAUCCCUCACUGCCUGUGUCUAGGGCUGAGCUCACCUGCCAUGUGGGGCAGCUCUUCCCCAGCAGAGCAGGGAGCUCUUAGCACAGAGCUGUGCUUGAGCUGGUGCUGUCAGCACGGAUUUAAAGCAGAAUUGUGCCAUGUGAACCAGCAGGAUCACAUCACUCUCCUGCUCCGAGCUGGAACCUGAUUGUUUUUAAAAGAUAAUCAGGUUGGGGCUCAUUUGGACAGACCUGGAGCUCCCUCCCUGCUUCCCUGGGUUUCCCAAGGAGGAUGUUCGGAGCCCCGUAGCUGCAGCAGAGCAAGCAGUGCUUCCCCCCUGGUUCUGUUAGGGCAGAGAUGGCUGAUGGACCUUGCAGAGAUAGGGGAGGGCUGAAGUCAGCACUGACCAUUCAGCUGUUUGUGAGCCAGGUUUGGGAGUUGUGCUGAGCUGUGGGAUGUUCUGCAGCGCCGUGGGAGCAAGGCUUGUUCCUUCAGGGGUGGAAGAAGCAGAAGUGAGGGGCAGAAGGUGACAGCUUGGGGAGCAGCAUGCACCCCGAUCUCAGCACUGCAUCCGUGAGAUGCAGCAAGUGCUGCUGACAGACCUUGAGGCUGAUGGCUUCAAUUCAUUGCGAGCCUGGGAGGAGAAGUCUUGGUGCACCGUAGCUCACCUUGGAGCUCACACAGCACAGUGCCUCCCUCUGCACUCUCAUAGCCCCCAUCCUGACUCCCCUCCAUCUCUCGGCCCUUCCUGCACAUUUCUCCCUCUUUCCUCAAUUUGUUCAGCCACCCCCCUCCAAAAUAAACUUGAGUACAUACGUA